ACAUGUCUGUUAUCUAUCUUUGUUCCUUCAGCACCAAGAACAGAAACCUUAAUGAGGAGUGUCCCAGCUGAGGCCCGAGUCCCAGCAGCUGAGAGGCUGCUCACAGUUCGCUCACAGUUUAUUGAAAGAGUGUCUGAACCUGUUUUAAACCAACGUCUGGAUAAACUCCUGCAGCAGCGUGUUAUCAACGAUCAGGAGAUGGAAUCAGUCAGAUCACAGCAGAUGAAGCACGAGACGUGAUGGACACGAGGAAGUGAAGCCAGCUCACUGCUGAUCGCUGCUCUGUGAGGAGGAUCGAUGCCUUUGCACAGAGCUGAACCUGGAUGAAGACAGACUUGGAAAGAGUCUGUGGAGCUGUGACCAUCAAUCUCAAAGACCACUGACAGAGUCAUUGUGAUCUUCAUGUGACGUGUUUUUAAACUGCACUUUAGUUCUGAAAGUGUCUCUCGUUAAAACCUGGACUCUGAUUAGAUGCUGAGCAGGACAUUGGAUGGACUGAAGCAGAGUCUGGGACCUCAGUAAUUAUUAGUGCACAAACCAGGAAAUAUGUGAAGCUCCAUUAAUGCUGAACCACAUCUACAGGUUGAAGAGCAACAGCUCAGGUUAUCUGGGACCAGCGUCAGUUUCCACCAAUAUAACUGAAGCUGUUUCUACCUGUAAUGCUGGAAUAACCUAUUGAAUCACAUGAUCAGUGUUUACAAUCUGUUUACUGAGGUUUAAACUCUCCUCUGUGCUUCUGCUUUGAGCAGCACGUUGUGCUUCUGCCUGUUUAAACAAAGUUUUGCUGCUUUCUUAUGCUGGAGUUUGAAUUCAGAGAUCAGGAACUUAGAAAACUGAUAACUGAUGGACAGCAGGGCAAUAAGGGGAAGUGGAGACAGGUGGGAGAACAAGACACAGGUGAACUAAAUCACAGCAAACAAGACGAGGGAAACAAAAGCAAAGCACGAGGACGACAACUCACCAAAAUAAAGCAGGAAAUGUGAAAACUGAAACAGACACAUGAAUAAAGUUAAUACAAGAGACUCGACCCGAGAGGGAGAAACACUGAGAGAGGAAUAAACUCUAAAGUAGCAGCGAACUAGGAACAAACCAAAUAUACAUGAAACCGUCUAAAACCUGGAUUCAAAGAGAUUCUUUAAAUAAAGACGAGAAAGUCAGGACACAUCGAGGCAGCUGAGUUUUAUAUUGUUCUGUUUUCCUCAUUGGAAACGAUUUCAGUGGCUGAAAUAAAUGAAUGAACCCACAGAGGAGGCAGCUUUGUUGUGUGUUUGGUUCCAGAGUCACUAAGAAACACACACAAUCCCCCGGCCUGGGUUACCAUGGAGACAGUCAAACUUUCAUUCACUUCCUGUUUCCACUGUUAGUCUGACUUCACUGGUUGGUCCCAGAGUGUCAGAGACUCGUCCUCAGACAGACGCACACAGAUGGCAGAUCCAGGCUCUCAGCCUCCAGCUGAAACUUCCAGUCCUCCCCCAGCCAGAAGCUCUGAUGCUGGGCUGAGAGACUUUGAUCCUUCCCUGGAUCCAGAAGUCCAGGAGGGAGAAGGAGAACAGGACCUCCUUCCUGAUCUGGAGAGGCCUGAGGGAAAGAAAGCUGGAGCAGACAGAGCUUUGAACAAACCUCCUGAGCUUCACCUCCACAAAGGUGUGACAGGUGAAGGACACCGGCGAAUAGGAGGACAGAACCUGAGAGCCAAUAGUCACAUGACUCCAGCUGCUGGCCCCUCGGUGUCUGGUAAAAGGACGAUGCUGCUGUCCAAUGAGGCGAGGAGAGAAGUAGCCAAACAGGCGAGAGCCGUGAGGGAGGAACGGCGGGCAGCUCUGGAUGCCCGACAUAAAUACCUGAUGAGCAGGCUGGCAGACGUUCAGAGACGUGAUCCUUCCUCAGAGUUGAACCUUUGAGUCAUUCAUGUCUGAUUCUUCCAGUUCAGUCUGAUCCAUGAAUUCUUUGCUGCAAACGGAUCCAAGAAGCUGAUUUUCUUCCAUCAGGAUGUCAAACAGAGUCUGUCCUCCCGUCAGUCUUCCUUUGUGGACGCAUCAAACUCAGCUGUGGCUCAGAGGAAACUCUUCCUCACUACGGGGAACUCUGAGCCUUUACUGGGGAAAUGUCUGUUCUUCCUGAGAACCACUGAGAAGGCCAUAACCACCGCUAACGUGCAGCAGGAAGUGAACUUUGGCGUGUUGGACUGCAGCGGCGGCGGCGGCGUCCUGAACAGUCUGGAAACUCUGCUGACUCACAUCAUGUUACCUGCUCUCAGGUCGCAGCAGUCGUGGGGCUCUGUGCAGGACGGCGCCUCGUGUCCACACGUCCGGUCCUUCCUGUCCUCGGUGGAUCAGUUUGUCAGUAAUCUGAGCUCAGCCCGACUGAACAUGGAGAGAAAGUUCCAGCUGCAGCACGUGGAGCUUCCUGACGCCAUCAGCCAGCUGAGCAGCCCUGCAGACUACAGAGCAGCAGCCAAUAACAGUGAGCUGGUGGAGCGUCUGGAGGAGGUGUUGACCCUGUGGACCAAUCAAAUCAAGCAGGUGCUGACGGAGAGCGAGCAGAUGAGGAAAGAGGCCAACGACGUCGGGCCGUCGGCCGAGCUGGAGCGCUGGAAGAGCCGCACGGUGACCUUCAACAGUCUGUUGGAGGAAGUGAAGGGCUCUCAGGUGAAGAGGACUCUGGGGGUCCUGCAGGUGGCUCAGUCUCGGUGCCUGCGUGCCUGGAGAGAUCUGGACAGAGACAUCACUGUGGUGGCCAACGAGGCAAAGGACAACGUCAAGUAUCUUUACACCCUCAACAAGUUCUUUGGAUCUGUGGGAAAAUCCACUCCUACCAGGAUGCUGGAGCACAUUCCCAGUCUGAUGAACGGCAUCAAGAUGAUCCACGUGGUGUCCCAGUACUACAACACCUCAGAGAGGAUGAGCUCACUGCUGCUCAAGGUCACCAACCAGAUGAUCAGCACCUGCAGGAGCUACCUGCUGCAGGGCGUGAGGCGUGUCUGGGAGCACAGCAGGCCGGUGCUGCUGCAGAGAAUCUCUGACUGCUGUAAUCUGAAUGCAGCGUAUCAGCGAAGCUUCCACAGCGUCAGAGACAAACUGAGAGAAAACCCUGAGAACAGACAGUUUGACUUCAGUGAGAACUACAUCUUCGGGAAGUUUGACUCUUUCUGCCGCCGUCUGGAGAAGAUGGCCGACAUGGCGUCCACGCUGGAGAGCCUGGCUGCUCUGCAGAGCAUGAAGGUGGAGGGCAUGGAGAAGAUCUGUGUUCGCUACCAGACCAUCGUCUCCACAACUGAAUCCAAGACCUAUGACGUCCUGGAUCACCGCAAACUGGAGUUUGACAGGGACUAUGCAGACUUCCAGCUCCAGGUUCAGAGUGUGUUCCAGUGUCUUCGGUCUCUGCUGGACGUCUGGUUCAGCCGGUCUGUCUCUACGCAGAGAUUGCUGGAACUAUUGGCCAUGUUUGAGUCGGGUCCGCUGGCUCGCUUGGACCUGAGGCAGUACUACCUGCUGCUGCUGCAGCGCUACAGCCGAGAUCUGGAGCUGCUGAGGAAGACCUACCAGAAACACAAGGACCGGCCGCCCAUCGGACGCAACCUGCCGCCGGUGUCAGGCAGGGUCCUUUGGAGCCGGCAGCUCUUCAGGAAGGUUGAAGCACCGAUGAUGAUCCUGAAGAAGAAGCUUGACUUCCUGAAGGGACCAGAGAUGACUAAAGUCAUCCGGACCUACAACCAGCUGGCUGUGGUGUUGCUGCAGUACGAGGUGCUGCACCUGCAGGGGUGGAGUCAGGCUGCUGAGAGCGCGCCACGCUGCCUGAGCGCCACCCUGCUGGUGCGACAUGAAGACAGCAAGGAGGUCUCGGUGAACCUGGACCCUGUGGUGCUGGAGGUGCUGCAGGAAGCUCGGUGGAUGACCAAACUGGGCGUGAACGUGCCAAAGGUCAUCCAGAAGAUGACCUCCAGAGAAUCAGAGCUCAGAGAUUUGUACAGCCGGCUGCUGGAGAUGCUCCAGGACUACAGCUCUGUGGUGGGCAGGGUCCCGCCUCUCCUCCUCCCCCUCAUGCAGCCCUUCAUUGGCCGUGUGGAGGCAGCUCUCUCCCCUGGGCUCACCUCACUGUCCUGGACUGCUCUCAACACUGAGCGGUUCCUGCAGAAUGUGUAUGUGGCUCUCAAAGACCUGGACCUGGUGGCCAAAAUGGCGACAGACCUGUUGGACUGUCGCAUCGGCCGGCUGCUUCGGGCCAUGUCGUCCUGCCGUCUGCUGGUCCUUCCUGAAGACUCGUCUGUGUCGGCGCAGGACCUCCUGCUACAGACAGGAAGCUUGGUCCAAGCUGCUGCUGUCACACUGAGCUGGCAGAGUCAGCAGGUGGAGAGAUACGUGUACGAACUGAUCGAGGAGCUGAAGAGGAAGAUGAAGACUGUGGAGACUGUUAAUCUCCAGGGGUCUUUUAAGUGUCUCCAUCCAGACUCCAAACAUCAGACUCGCUGUCUGUCGUGUCUCCCUUGUCGUUUCUACAACCUGAUUGGUCAGCUCUGUUACCGCAGCACUGAAGCUCUGGUCAAAGCCACCAGAUCCUCCCUGGAGGCCCUGAGGAGCAGACUUCAUGUCUCCAUACAACAGCCACACUUUUCCUUGGUGUCUUCCUCCAGCAGUGCCCAGCCAGCUCCUCCUCCACCUCUCCUCACAACCUCCAUCCACCUUGCAAUCCCCAACAUGGUCCUCAGACCCAGUCUGGAUGACAUUCAGUCUGUGGUGAAUAAGCUGGUGGGCGUCGUCCUGUCUGUGACCAAAGACGUCCCUCUGUGGACUUACUCUCACCUGCAGUACAAACAGCAGCAGGUGGAGCAGGCGGCGGGUCGUAGUGGAGGAGAGGACGUGGCAGUGAAGCCAGUGGUGGUGCGAGCGCUGGACAGACAGCUGGCUGACCACAAAGACAUCAGCAGGUUGGUGAUGCAGCUCAGCUCCAUCGUGUCACACCUGAAAGCUCAGGCUGCCGAAACCCUGAAUGACCUCGGCCACUUCUCCACCCUGUGGAACCAGGACCCAGAGGAGCAGGUGCAGGCCUUCCUGCAGUCCGACCCCUCCCUGACAGAGUUCAACGCUCAGAUCUGUUUCUACUCUAGGCUGGAGGAGCAGAUUUCGGAGCUCCCUGAGUUUUACACAGCGGGUUCGAUCCUGUUGGACACCGACCAGCUGAAGCGUUCGCUCACUCAUGAGUGUUGCUCCUGGAAACGAGCUUUCGGCGCCGCUCUGAAUCGCAGAGCGUCCGCCGACAUGAACGACAUCCUGUCGUUUGUGGACGCGCUCACGAAGCGUCUGCAGCGUCCAAUCUCAGACCUGGAUGAUGUCAGAGCAGCCAUGGCUGCGCUCAGAGAGGUUCGGGAGGCGGAGUUUCGCAUCGACGCCACCAUCGGGCCGGUGGAGGAAUCCUUCGCCCUGCUCAACAGACACGAGCUGCUCUUUGGUGACGGGAACAGCGAGCGCGUGGACGGCCUGAUGUACGCCUGGAAAAACCUCACUGACCUGGUGGUGCAGACCCAGAACACUCUGGUGCAGAUUCAGCCCAGCAUGAAGACAGACCUGCUGUCUGCAGUGCAGAGCCUCCAGAGCCAGGCUCAGAGCUUCUGCACCGACUACAACCAAAGGGGCCCGGGGGUGGAGGGCGUGGCCCCGGCUGAAGCCAGCGAGCGGCUGCAGAGUUUUCAGGCAGAGUUCGAUCAGCUGUGGAGGAAGUACACCACCUGCUCAGGUGGAGAGGAGCUGUUCGGGCUGCCUGUGAACGAGUAUCCUGAGCUGCAGAGGAUCCGGAGGGAGCUCUCCCUGCUGUCCAAACUCUACAGUCUGUACAGCUCGGUCACCGACAGCGUCGCCAGCUACUACGACAUCCUGUGGGCCGACUUCAACAUCGAGAAGAUCAGCGCGGAGCUGCAGGACUUCCAGAACAGGAUCAGGAAGCUCCCAAAGGCCCUGAAGGAGUGGCAGGCCUUCAGAGAUCUGAAGAAGACCAUCGAUGACUUCACAGAGACGUGUCCUCUGCUCUACAUGAUGGCCAACAAGGCGAUGCUGCACAGACACUGGACUCGUCUCAGCGAUGUGACCGGUCACAGCUUCCAGGUGGACUCUGACAGUUUCUGCCUGAGAAACAUUAUAGAGGCUCCGCUGCUGAAACACAGAGAGGACAUCGAGGACGUUUGCAUCAGCGCGGUGAAGGAGCGCGACAUCGAGGCCAAGCUGAAGGACGUGGUGGCCGAGUGGAGCAGCCACACGCUCAGCUUCGCCACCUUCAGGAGCAGAGGAGAACUGCUGCUGAAAGGAGCCGAGACCGCAGAGAAAAUAUCCAUGAUGGAGGACAGCCUGAUGGUGCUGACGUCCCUGCUGAGCAACAGGUACAACGCUCCGUACAAGCCCUCCAUCCAGCUGUGGGUUCAGAAACUCUCCAACACCUCAGAGAUCAUCGAGAAGUGGCUGUCGGUUCAAAACCUCUGGAUCUACCUUGAAGCGGUGUUUGUGGGUGGAGACAUCGCCAAGCAGCUGCCUCAGGAAGCCAAACGUUUCCAGAACAUCGACAAAUCGUGGCAGAGGAUCAUGCAGUGAGCGCACGAGAUUCCCAACGUGGUGCAGUGCUGCGUGGGAGACGAGAUGCUCAGCCAGCUGCUCCCUCACCUGCUGGAGCAGUUGGAGCUCUGUCAGAAGUCUCUUUCCGGUUACCUGGAGAAGAAACGCUUGGUGUUCCCUCGGUUUUUUUUCGUGUCCGACCCCGCCCUGCUGGAGAUUCUGGGCCAAGCCUCUGACUCACACACUACACAGGCUCAUCUGCUCAGUCUGUUCGAUAACGUUAACAGAGUUGUUUUCAAUGAGAAAAUCUACGACCAGAUGAUCAGUUUCCAGUCCCAAGAAGGAGAAACUGUGGAGCUGGGCCAGCCAGUGCUGGCACAGGGGAAUGUGGAGGUGUGGUUAGGAGAGCUGCUAGCUGGGGUGAGGGAAACCCUCCAUGCUAUCAUCCGUCAGGCUUACCUGGCCAUCAGUGACUCCGCCUUUAAGCUGCUGGAGUUCCAGUCGGCGUUCCCGGCUCAGAUUGGCCUGCUGGGUAUCCAGAUGAGCUGGACGAGAAACGCAGAAGAAGCACUCGUCCUCAGCAAGUCGGACAAGAAGAUCAUGCAAACGACCAAUCAGAAGUUCCUGGACCUCCUCAAUGAGCUCAUCGACAUGACGACUCGAGAGCUGAGCUGGAACGAAAGGACCAAAUAUGAGACGCUGAUCACCAUCCACGUCCACCAGAGAGACAUUUUCGAUGAUCUGGUGAGGAUGAACGUGCGCUCAGCUUCAGACUUCGAAUGGCAGAAACAGUCGAGGUUUUACUUCCUGGAGGAGACGGACAGAUGUGUCAUCCAGAUCACAGAUGUGGAGUUCAGCUACUGUAAUGAAUACCUGGGCUGCACAGACAGGCUGGUCAUCACCCCGCUGACAGACAGGUGUUACAUCACUCUGUCCCAGGCUCUGGGGAUGAGUAUGGGCGGAGCUCCGGCCGGACCAGCAGGAACCGGUAAAACGGAGACCACUAAAGACAUGGGUCGCUGUCUGGGGAAGUAUGUGGUGGUCUUUAACUGUUCGGACCAGAUGGACUACAGAGGACUGGGACGCAUCUACAAAGGUCUGGCUCAGUCCGGAGCCUGGGGCUGCUUCGAUGAGUUUAACCGCAUCGAGCUGCCGGUGCUUUCUGUCGCCGCCCAGCAGAUCUACAUCGUGCUGCAGUGUAAGAAGAACAAGAAGAAGCAGUUCGUCUUCACCGACGGAGAUGUGGUCAACAUGGAUCCUGAGUUCGGCAUCUUCCUCACCAUGAAUCCCGGUUACGCCGGCCGUCAGGAGCUGCCUGAAAAUCUGAAGAUUCAGUUCCGCACCGUAGCCAUGAUGGUCCCGGACCGAGCCAUCAUCAUGAGGGUUAAAUUGGCCAGUGCUGGUUUCCGUGACAACCAGGUCCUAAGCAGGAAGUUCUACACCCUCUACAAACUGUGUGAGGAGCAGCUGUCCAAACAGGUCCAUUAUGAUUUCGGUCUGAGGAACAUUUUGUCGGUUUUGAGGACGUUGGGAGCUGUGAAGCGAUCUAACCCAUCAGAACCAGAGAAGACCGUGGUGAUGAGGGUCCUGAGGGACAUGAACCUCUCCAAACUGGUGGACGAGGACGAGCCUCUGUUUAUGAGUCUGAUCAAUGACCUGUUUCCUGGCAUCGUUCUGGAUAAAGCCGGUUAUCCAGACUUGGAGUCGGCCAUCUUUAAUCAGGCUCAGCAGGCCGGUCUGAUCCCUCACCUGCCCUGGAUCCUCAAACUGGUCCAGCUCUAUGAGACGCAGAGAGUCCGACAUGGUAUGAUGACGCUGGGUCCGAGCGGUGCUGGGAAGACGGCGUGCAUCCACACGCUGAUGAAGGCCAUGUCUGAGUGCGGCUCGCCCCACCGAGAGAUGAGGAUGAACCCCAAAGCCAUCACAGCCUCGCAGAUGUUCGGCAUGCUGGACGUGACCACCAACGACUGGACGGACGGCAUUUUCUCCACACUGUGGAGGAAAACUCUGAAAGGCAAAAAGGGGGAAUACAUCUGGAUUGUGCUGGAUGGUCCGGUGGAUGCCAUCUGGAUCGAGAAUCUGAACUCCGUUUUAGACGACAACAAAACUCUGACGCUGGCAAAUGGCGAUCGAAUCCCCAUGGCUCCCUGCUGCAAGAUUGUCUUUGAGCCCCACAACAUCGACAACGCCUCCCCAGCCACCGUGUCCAGGAACGGGAUGGUGUUCAUGAGCUCGUCAGUGCUCAGCUGGAGGCCCGUCCUGCAGGCCUGGUUACAGAAACUAGCAGAGCAGCAGGCCAGCACUCUGAAACACUGCUUCGACUGCUGCUACCAGGACUUGUUGGACUUUGUCUUCACUGCUGUGUCCCCUAAGAUGCAGGUGCUGGAGUGUAUGUACAUCAAACAGACUAUUGACCUGCUGCAGGGUUUGCUCCCAGCAGCGCAGGACAAACAGGGUGGCAAUGAUCAUGUGGGACGCAUGUUUGUCUUUGCAGUCAUGUGGUCUCUGGGUGCACUGCUGGAGCUGGAUGACAGAGCCAAGAUGGAGGCCUUCCUGAAGGGCCACACCUCAUCUCUGGACCUGCCACCCACUCAGGACGACCAGACCAUCUUUGAGUUCACCGUCAGCGAGCAGGGACACUGGGAGCACUGGUCCAACAAGGUCCCAGAGUAUGUCUACCCCAAAGACCACGUCCCUGACUACUCGUCCAUCCUGGUUCCCAACGUAGACAACGUGAGGACGGACUUCCUGAUGCAGACCAUCAUGAAGCAGAGGAAGGCCGUGCUGCUGAUCGGAGAGCAAGGAACAGCCAAGACCGUCAUGAUUAAAGGCUACACUGGAAAGCUCGACCCAGAGCUCCACCUCAGUAAGACGGUGAACUUCUCUUCGGCCACGCUGCCCGGCAUCUUCCAGAGGACGCUCGAGAGCUACAUCGACAAACGCAUGGGCACCACCUACGGGCCGCCGGCCGGACGCAGGAUGACCGUCUUCAUAGACGACAUCAACAUGCCUGUAAUCAACGAAUGGGGCGACCAGAUAACCAAUGAGAUUGUGCGUCAGCUGAUGGAGCAGGGAGGUUUCUACAGCCUGGAUCGUCCAGGAGAGUUCAUCACUGUGGUGGAUGUUCAGCUGGUGGCAGCCAUGAUUCACCCCGGCGGCGGUCGGAACAACAUCCCUCAGCGUCUGAAGCGUCAGUUCUCCAUCUUUAACUGCACGCUGCCCUCCAACUCCUCCAUCGAUAAGAUCUUUGGCACUGUGGCUCAGGGCUACUUCUGCCCAGAGAGAGGCUUCCCCGGCCCGGUGUGCCAGCUCGCCGCCGCCCUCGUCCCCUCCACCAGGCGGGUGUGGCAGGCCGUGAAGGCGAAGGUCACAGUGGAGGAUCAUGGGAGAGCUCUGACUGAGCAUGCUCAGUGGAACAGCUGCUUUGUGGACUUCCUGCGUGAAGCCCUGGAGGCGACGGGGGAUGAACCUGAAGACGCUGAGCUGGAGGCUCUGAAGGUGUACGAGCCAAUCCCAUCGCUGGACCUUCUGGCAGAGCGGCUGUCGGUUUUUCAGCAGCAGUACAACGAGGCGGUGAGAGGCGGAGCCAUGGACCUGGUCUUCUUCAAGGACGCGCUGAUCCACCCUAUGAGGAUCUCACGCAUCCUGAGGACGCCACAAGGAAACGCCCUGCUGGUCGGGGUGGGAGGGUCGGGGAAGCAGAGCCUGACGAGGCUCGCGUCGUUCAUCGCAGGAUACCAAACCUUCCAGAUCACACUGAGCAGGUCGUACAGCAGCAGUAACCUGCUGGAGGAUCUGAAGUCUCUGUAUCGGAUCGCCGGUCAGCGCGGGAAAGGCGUCACCUUCCUGUUCAGCGACAGUGACAUCAAAGAAGAAGCCUUCCUGGAAUACAUGAACAACGUCCUGGCGAGCGGUGAAGUUUCCAACCUGUUUGCUCGAGACGAGCUGGAUGACAUCACUCAGGACCUGAUUCCCGUGAUGAAGCGCCAGCAUCCUCGCCGCCCGCCAACACCCGAGAACCUCUACGCCUUCUUCCUGUCCCGCGUGCGGAGCAACCUCCACGUGGUCCUCUGUUUCUCUCCUGUCGGGGAGAAGUUCCGCUCUCGUGCCUUAAAGUUCCCGGGUCUGAUUUCCGGCUGCACAGUGGACUGGUUCCAGCGUUGGCCUCAGGACGCCCUCAUCGCUGUAUCGCAUCACUUCCUGUCUCAGUACCAGGACCUCCGCUGCUCAGAGGACGUCAAGCAAAGCGUUGUGGUUACCAUGGGAACCUUCCAGGACCUGGUGGCAGAGAAGUGUGGCGAGUACUUUGAGCGUUUCCGCCGCCAGACGUUUGUGACGCCAAAGUCCUACCUGUCCUUCAUCGACAGCUACAAGCUGGUCUACACGGAGAAGAUCGCUCACGUCGGCACGCUGGCCGAGCGCAUGCAGACAGGUCUGUGUAAACUGAUGGAGGCGGAGCAGUCGGUGUCUCAGCUCUCUGAGGAGCUGCUGGUGAAGGAGAAGGAGCUCGCCGUCGCCUCCCAGAGGGCAGACCAGGUCCUGCAGGAGGUCACGGCCAAAGCUCAGGCUGCCGAAAAGGUGAAGCAGCAGGUGCAGAAGGUGAAGGAUAAAGCUCAGCUCAUCGUGAACGAGAUCGAAGCCGAUAAAAUGGCAGCAGAGUCCAAACUGGAGGCUGCGAAACCGGCUCUGCAGGCUGCUGAGGCUGCCCUACAGACCAUCAAACCAGCAGACAUCUCCACGGUGAGGAAGCUGCAGAAGCCUCCUCAUCUCAUCAUGAGGAUCAUGGACGCCGUGCUGCUGCUGUUCCAGAGAAAGGUCGACGCCGUGACCUCUGACCCCGAACGACCUUGUCCCAGACCGUCGUGGGCCGAGGCGAUGAAGCUGAUGCAGAACUCGGCCUUCCUCAGCACCCUGCUCAACUUCAGCAAGGACUCCAUCACAGAGGAGGUGGUGGAGCUGCUCGCUCCUUACCUCCACAUGGACGACUACAACAUGGAGACGGCCAAGAGGAUCUGUGGGAACGUGGCGGGGCUCUGCUCCUGGACUCAGGCCAUGGUCGACUUCUUCAGCAUCAACAAGGAGGUUCUUCCUCUGAAGGCUAACCUGGCCAUGCAGGAGGCCCGUCUGCUGGUGGCUCAGGCUGAACUCACUAAGGCUCAGGAACAGCUGGAUGCUAAACAGCUGGAGCUGGAGGCGGUGCAGGCGCUUUACGACGCUGCCAUGAAGGAGAAGCAGGACCUGGAGGAUGACGCCCAGGCCUGCCGCCGGAAGAUGGCCAACGCUCGCGCUCUGAUCGACGGCCUGGGAGGAGAAAAGGUCCGUUGGACCGACAGCAGCGCGGGGUUUCAGACUCAGAUCAAACACCUGGUGGGGGACGUCCUUCUGGCCACAGGCUUCCUGUCCUACGCCGGCCCCUUUAACCAGGAGUACCGCAGCCUGCUGCUGACGCUGUGGAGGAAAGAGAUGGAGGAGAAGCUCCUCCCCUUCAGUCCCGAGCUGAACGUGAUUGGUCUGCUGGUGGACAACGCCACAGUGAGCGAGUGGAACCUGCAGGGUUUACCCAGCGACGACCUGUCCAUCCAGAACGGCAUCGUGGUGGGCGCGUCCCGCUACCCGCUGCUGAUAGACCAGGGCCAGGGCAAGACCUGGAUCCAGAACAGGCGAGACCAGCAGCUGCAGGUGACGUCUUUGAACCACAAAUACUUCCGUUCCCACCUGGAGGACAGCCUGUCUCUUGGGCGCCCCCUGCUGCUGGAGGACGUUGGUGAGGAACUGGACCCCGUCCUGGACAACAUACUGGACAAAAACUACAUCAAGUCUGGCUCCACGUACAAGGUGAAGGUUGGAGACAAGGAGGUGGAUGUAAUGAAGGGCUUCACGCUCUACAUCACCACCAAGAUGGCCAACCCAGCAUACAGCCCUGAGGUCAGCGCCAGGAUGGCCGUGGUGGACUUCACCGUCACUCAGAGAGGCCUGGAGGACCAGCUGCUGGGACGGGUCAUCCUGCUGGAGAAGCAGGAGAUGGAGGCAGAGCGAGUGAAGCUCCUGGAGGAGGUGACGUCCAACAAGAGGAAGAUGCAGGAGCUGGAGGACAGCCUGCUGUUCAGCACACAGGGCUCGCUGGUGGAGGACCAGUCUCUGAUCGAGGUGCUGAGCGUCACCAAGAUCACCGCUCAGGAGGUAAGUGAGAAGCUGACGGUUGCCGCGGAGACAGAGGUGAAGAUUAACCAGGAGGAGUACCGACCAGUGGCCACCAGGGGGAGCAUCCUCUACUUCCUGAUUGUGGAGAUGUCGCUGGUGAACGUCAUGUACCAGACGUCGCUGCGGCAGUUCCUCGGGCUUUUUGAUUCGUCCAUGCAGAACUCGGCCAGGUCGCAGGUCACCUCCAAACGCAUCAGCAACAUCAUCAGCUUCCUCACCUACCAGGUGUACCGUUACACAGCCAGAGGUCUGUACGAGGAACACAAGCUGCUCUUCACUCUGCUGUUGGCUCUAAAGAUCGACCUGCAGGCCCGAAUCAUCUCGCACGUGGAGCUGCUCACCUUCAUCAAAGGCGGAGCCUCUCUGGACCUGAACUCUGUAGAAUCGAAGCCACGGCGCUGGAUCCUGGACCAGACCUGGCUGAACCUGGUGCAGCUGUCCAGCCUGCCUGCGUUCUUCCAGAUUCUGAACCAGGUGAACCAGAACGAGCGCGCCUGGAAAGUUUGGUUCGACCAUCCGGCGCCAGAAGACGCCCCGCUGCCCGAUGGCUACGAGGAGAAGCUCGACACCUUCCGGAAGCUUCUGCUCAUCCGGAGCUGGUGCCCCGACCGGACCAUCGCUCAGGCGCGGCGCUACAUCUCAGAGUCUCUGGGCCAACAGUACGCCGAAGGGACGGUCCUGGACUUGGACGCCAUGUUGGCAGAGAGCAACAACCGAACGCCAAUGGUGUGUCUGCUGUCGAUGGGCUCCGACCCGCCUGAGAACAUCGAGAGAUUAGCCAAGAAUAAGGGGGCGCCGUGCCGUCCCAUCUCCAUGGGUCAGGGCCAAGAGGUUCACGCUCGCAGGCUAUUGGCCAACAGCAUGUUGGAUGGCGGCUGCCUCCUCCUCCAGAACUGCCACCUGGGACUGGACUUCCUGGAUGAGCUGCUGGAGACGGUCACAACAGCGGUGCCGGAGAGCAUACACAAAGAUUUCCGAGUGUGGCUGACGACCGACGUGCACCCCAGGUUCCCCAUCACCUUCCUUCAGUCCUCCAUCAAGUUCACCAAUGAACCUCCUCUCGGCAUGAAAGCCGGUCUGAAGAGGACUUUUAAUGGUGUCACUCAGGACCAGCUGGAGAUCAGCAACCUGCCUCAGUGGAAGCCUCUGCUGUACGCUGUGGCCUUCCUCCACACCACCGUGCAGGAGCGUCGUAAGUUCGGUCCGCUCGGCUGGAACAUCCCCUACGAGUUCAACCAGGCAGAUUUUACCUCCAGCAUCCAGUUUGUGCAGAACCACCUGGACAACCUGGACGUGAAGCGAGGUGUGAACUGGAGCUGUCUGCGCUACAUGCUCGGUGAAGUCCAGUAUGGCGGUCGGGUGACGGAUGACUUGGACAAACGGCUCCUCAACACGUUCACGCGUGUCUGGUUCAGUGAGAGCACCUUCAGUGAAGCAUUCUGCUUCUUUAAGGGCUACAGCAUCCCUGCCAAGGCCAAGAGCAUCCAGCAGGUCCUGCAGCACAUCGAGGGGCUGCCGCUGGUCGACUCACCGGAGGUGUUUGGACUCCACCCCAACGCUGACAUCACCUACCAGACCAACCUGGCGAAUGACACGCUCAGCACCAUAACCAACAUCCAACCGAAGGACACCGGAGGCGGGGCCGCAGAGACCAGGGAGGACACUGUGCAGAGACUAGCCAAUGAAAUGCUGGAGAAGCUGCCACCUGACUACAUCCCACAUGAGGUCAAAGGUCAACUCCAGAAGAUGGGUCCUCUUCAGCCAAUGAACAUCUUCCUCCGACAGGAGUUGGACCGAAUGCAGCGUGUCAUCAGCAGCGGACCAUUAUCAUGUCUGAAGACCUGCGCGACGCCCUCGACAGCAUGUUCGAUGCUCGGAUCCCGCGCCUGUGGCUGAGGCUCAGCUGGCCGUCGGCCACACUCGGCUUCUGGUUCAGCGAGCUGCUGGAGAGGAACCAGCAGCUCAGCGCGUGGAUCAGCGCCGGCCGGCCCAACCAGUUCUGGCUCACCGGCUUCUUCAACC